CCUCCACCCUCUUUUUUUAAAUGAUGCACUCGUGGCCCACGUUUAAGGUAAAACUCAGCUUCCCAGGGAUUAUCACACUGCAGGGGCAGCGCCCAUUGCGGCUCCAGAAAGGGCCAAGUUUCCGGCAAGGGGCAGGGAGGACGCGGCGGGAGCUGCAACGCGCUCUCUCGUCGGCUUCAACCACCUGUGAGACCGUGCUGGGGGGGAGCCUGGAAUGCGCUCUCUCUUCGGCCUCAACCACUUGAGGCCGCGCGGGGCGGGGAGGAGGAGGUGAGCCUGGAAUGCAGUCUCCCUUCGGCUUCAACCACCUGUAGGGCCGCGCGGGUGGGGGGAAGCCCGGAAUGCGCUCUCCCUUCGGCCUCGUACCUCGGCCAAGGCAAGCCGAGACUUGUAGGCUUCUCGCGAGAUUUGCGACGCAGGCUUUCUGUCCCUGCAGUGUGUACGCGUUGCCAUGGGGACCCCGGCCGGGCCGGCGUUGACGGCUCGCGGCUCAGGGGCGGGUGAACGCGGCGGGCAUGAGCCGCGCUAGCAGCAGCAGUAGCGGCAGCGGCGGGUCCUGGCGGGCGGGCUCCGCCGCCGCCUCCCGGCUCAUAGACGUGACUAGCAACGCGGGGCUGCUGCCCUACGCCGCGGCGGCUGCACCGCUAGAGCCCGAGGUCCAAGUUCAGUUCACUGGAACUGACAGACAAAUUGAAGACGGAGAGAAUGUAUCUGUUACUUGUAAUGUUACAAGAAACAAAGGAAGAACAGAGUUACAAAAGGGAGCUUAUGAUCAUCUUCUUUUGGACAUCCCUGUCACUCGAGAACAGAUAAGUCGCUAUCGGGCUGCAGCUGAAACCACACGUAGUAAACUUGCAGCGCUUCUUGUGAAGUAUGAAUGCACCCAGUCAGAGCUUCUUGAACUCAGGUCUAAAAUGGCUUCUAAGGAAGCAUCAUUCCAAGAGUUGAAAGCUGAAGUGGAAAGCUACAAAGAAAACAAUGCUCGACAAUCAUCUCUGCUCACAUCUCUGCAAAACCGAGUUCAGGAGGCAGAGGAGGAAUCAAAUGUGCUUGCCACUUACAAAAAACAGACUGAUUUAACAGCACAGGCAGUGUUCCAGGAGAACUGGGAACUGAAGGAGAAGAUCCGUGAUCAAGAAGUCAAACUUAACAAAAAUAUGGAUGAGUGUGAAGAAAGCAAGAAUCAAAUUUCUGAGAUCAGCAGGAAGAAUGGUGAAUUCUUAGCACAUCUUUCUGGGGUUUUGGACAUAGACAUCAGAGGAAAAAAAGAACCACAGGACCUUUUGAUUUCCAAGCUCACUGAAACGCAUAAAGAAAAUAAAAUGUUAAAAGGGCAGAUUUCUACUCUCAAAGAAGCUAUCAGUGUUCAUGAGAUGGAGUCAAAAGCUAGCAGGGAAACCAUCAUGAGGCUUGUUUCAGAAGUGAGCAAAGAGCAGAAAAAGGCAGCAGCCUACUCCCAAGACAUGGAUAAGCUUAACAAGGAUCUGGACAGUGCUAAAACAGCCAAAGAAAGUCUAGAGUUGGAGAUCAGCAUCCUCCAAGAUAAGCUUGCUGCCAGCCAGGAGGCAUGGGAAGCCUCAAAGCAGGAACUUCACCACCUGAAGAGAUGUUCUAAUGAACUGGAUGGGAGUUUGAAGAACAGUAUACAAGAGGCAAGAACUGCCCAAAGCAUGCUGAGUGCUUUCAAAGAGCAAAUAGCUGUUCUUCUCCACAGCAGUUCUGUAACAGUUAAAUCCUCUGAGGAGGCCAUCUUGGAGAGGAUUCGAGCAAUGAGCCACAGUGUGGAGAGCAAAAAGACAAUGAUGUCCCAGUUCGAAGCCCAAAUAGCUAAGCUGACAGAACAGUUGGAGAUUCAAACCAGGUCAUACCAAGAUGCUCUGCAAGGGGCCAGGAAAGCAGAAAAACAAGUUGAAAGUCUCCAGGAUCAAUUGAGGCAUCUGGAAGGAGAAUUGGUAUCUGGAGAUGUGCAGAGAGAUGGUUUGAAAACUGAGAAGCAAAAAUACCUGACAUUUCUGGAACAACUUUCUGAUAAAAUGAAGUUGGACAGAAUAGCAGCUGAGAUUGGUUUUGACAUGAGACUUGAUGCAAUUCUGGUUCGGGCAGAGCAGUUGGUCAAGCUGGAAGGCGAUGCAGUAAUUGAAAACAAGACCAUGGCACACAACCUACAGAGAAAGUUGAAGACUCAGAAAGAAAAGCUUGAGAGCAAAGAGCUGCACAUGAAUCUUCUGCGGCAGAAAAUCUCUCAGCUGGAAGAAGAGAAACAAGUGCGAACAGCCUUGGCUGUGGAGAGAGAUGAGGCCAACCUCACUAUCAGAAAGUUGCAUAAGAAGGCAGAGAGGUUACAGAAGGAGCUGGACUUGGCAAGAGAAUCUAACACUGACCUGAAAGCCAAAUUGUCUGAAACCAGUGAACUUAAGAUUAAAACCCUUGAACAGAACAGAGCCAUAGAGGAGCUAAAGAAGUCCCAAGGCAAGCUGGGAAAGAUGAAAGAGAAGGCUGAAAAGCAGCUGAUCGCUGUCAAAUCAGAACUACAUUUAAUGGAGCAUGAAGCUAAGGAGGAUAAAGAAAGAGCCAGAAAUAUGCUAGAAGCAACAAACAGUGAAGUGAAGGCACUUAAAACAACCUUGGCAGAGGUAACAAAGAGAGAGAAACAGUUGACAGAUUUUCGGGAGGUGGUCUCACGGAUGCUGGGCCUCAGUAUUGCCAACCUUGCUCUCCCUGACUACGAAAUCAUCACCUGUCUUGAGGGGUUGAUCCACUUGCAUCAACACCAUUUUGUUCCCUGUAUCUGCCUCAAAGAUGCAUCUGUGAGGCAAGAUGGGCGCUCACCAAAUCAUUUACAGUUUCUACACUGAACAACACCUUUUUAAUUCAUCUGGUUCUUAUCCCUCUUCAACAGGCAUGAGAUUGAUAAGUCAGUUCUGGAUGAGUGGAGGAAAUAGUCCAACAUCAUCACUCUCUAAACGUAUGAAGUGAAAUUCUGGUCCCUGGGGAACCAAAUGGGAGUUCUGACAUUGGCUUCACCUACAGUAAUGACUAUGAAACCAACUACAGAAAAUUCUAUCCUAACUUGAACUUCUUUUACUGAAGUAUUUUUUAUAAGGACUAUUACACAUCGCUCUUCCUCUUGUUACAGUGGUUAGAUUUGUAAAUUUACAGGUGUUCAUGGGACUCAAAACACAUCACCGUACAUCUUGUUUGUCUGCAAGUAAGGUCUACAGGCUUGAUGGAUGGUAUUCAGGGGUAGUGCUACCCUCUGCUGCAUGGUUCCUUGGGGAGUAGAAUGUGAAAGUUCAGUUGUACAGAGCUACUCAGAGAAGAAAGGUAUAUCUUCAUUUCUGUUUCCCCACUUGCCAUUUACCUUGCUGCCACCAUUGCUAGUCUUUUUAUAUCUACUGUUCAUGAACUUUUAACUAGUUUGAAUGGGUGGCCAAAGGUUAUUGGGGCAGGGAACAACAUGUCUUUCUAGACAGUGAGAAUUGCUCAGCAGCUCACAUUACAACCAGAGAAAGCUCCCUUUUGCAUAAUUAAAGUGCUGCAAAGGCAGUAAGAAGAUAUGGACAGUGCAAGGCCAUCCAGUAUUCAUGCAGUAGAACUGGAGGCUUGUAAAGGGCAAGGUUAACACACAGUUUUGCUGUGUUUUUUCUACCGUGUCAUGGACAUAAAACCUUCCGCUUUGUCUGCAGCUGAUGAUGAUUCAGUGGAAUGGUAAUGGCCCAGCUGCCACUGACUUUUCAAGAUCAGACUGCUUUGUGUGUAUAUUUUAUGUAUAGAGGAGAAAUGGACUUCAAGUUGGAUAGAAAUAAAUAAAUUGUCAUUGGAGGAUGGAAAAGAACUGUAGUUUGGGGAAGGGGGUGUCAUUCUUUCAAUGUUAUUCUUUAGUCUACUACUGACUUAAGAAAACAAAGGCCUAAAAUGAUUUUUCCCCUCAGUUAGAAACCUUCCACACACUAUGUCCUGUCAUAUGUGGCACAGAGAUUUUUCAUAGAAUCAUAUCUUAUUCUCACUUUCUAUAAGAGAAAGUCUUUAUGAUGCCAUUGGUAAAGCAGCAGAAAUCUCUUAGCUGUGGUGUUUUCUUGGCUGUUGCUCUUUAACUUGCUGCUCUUCAUAAUUAAUUAAAAACUAAUUUUAGAAAUCCCAGCCCAUCGCAUCAAAAAACUGAAUUAUAGUAAACAAUUUUUUUUUUUUUUUUUUUAAAAAGGAAAAGCAAGAGGAUUAGGCAAUGAUGACACUUAUUGUUCCCCGGAAAUCUUUUAGUUGAAAGAAUGCUAAUAAGAGCAGUUCUAGCAAGUUCUUUAUUAAUGAUACCAUCUUAAAAAAGUUUAAAUGAUAAAACUGUCUUAAUUGAAGAAAGAUAUUCUUCCAUGUUCUUCAGAUCUCUACUAUGCAUGUCUCAUAUUUGCAUACAAAAUAGUAAUAAUGGCAAAUGCAUUUAUGAGAGAAAUUCAAGGAACUGGGGUAAGAAAUCUUACUCCACUCAUUAAAAUUGCUAGUCUGUAUUUUACCAAAACUAGAUUUAUUUUAAAGCAAAGGUAAUAAUUAUGUUAGCAGAGGGUUAGGACUUCACAGUUUAGAUAGUUUAUUUUUUGCUUGCCUCUGAAACAUCAGUGAUCAGUUGAUCCUGGAAAAAGACUAUUACAUUUUGCAAGUCAAAUCAUUAUGGUUAUUCAGAUGAAAACCAGUUUUCUUUCUUAUUUUGUACUUAUUUUGUUAUUCAGAUAGGGGUUAACUAAUAUUCAGAAAUUUAAGGAAAAAACAAUAUGGGUUUUUUUUUCCAAGAUACAUUCUGCUACUUGCAGUUGUGGAAUGUGAAGGUGUAUCACUAUAGUCAAACUGAAUGUAUGAGGCAAGUGGUUCCAACCUGUACUUUUUGUGUGUUCCAUAAUUACAUACUUUACCAGCUAAUCAGUGGAUCACUCUAUCCUACCUAUGUUAUAUAUACAAUAUACAGACUUGUCAGUUAUUUUUCAUGCACCCCAAUAUUCAUUAAAUAUAAAAGCAAGAGAAACACACUUAAGAACAUUGAAAUAUACUGCACUUUACAAGCAAUAAGUUAAACAAACUAUAUUAACCAUUCAAGGUGUUAUGCACCCUCAGCAAUCUUUAGAAUUAGUCUCUGAAACCUCAGAACAUCCCUAAGUAGAUAAGUGCUCCAUUUUACAGAUUUAAGAUUGAGGCAGAUAAAUUAGAUGGCUUGUAAUGGCCAAAGUGAUUUAGUGUCUGCCAAGACUAGAACUUGGGUAUUUGUGGGUCCUGCCAAUCCUGAGAUUAAAUUUAGGGUGAAAUCCUGGCUCCACUGAAGUCACCACUAAAGCUACCAAAUGACUUUUACUUCAAGGCUAAAGUAAUGACUAACCUCAUGUCUAGUGGUUAAAGAAACUUACUUUAACUUCAGUUCUGACACUUCCUUUCAUACAUUAUUUUUUAUUUACAGUUUUUCAAAUGUGUACAUAAUUGAAUGCAUCUCUCCCAUUAGCUGAUUGUUAAUAUUCACAGUAUUUGCUUUUAUUUUGGAAAAGCAUUGGCAUCUGUUUCCAUAGCCAAAUCAAAUAAAAAGAAUAAGUGAAGCAGUAGUUUGCCAUGAACAAAGUUCAUAGUGAUUUUUGAUCCAUGCAGUCUAAUUAACUCCUGAACAAAGGUUAAGCUGACUUUUAUCAUCUUCUUCCAGUCUUCGUUUCAUAUAAUGUUUAGAACAUAUUUUUAUUUAUUCUUCAAAAGGAAAAAAAAAAUUGUUUUAGUUUAAAUCUUCUUUGAAUCUUUUUUUCCUCCAAAACAAGAUGCAUCAACCCAAAUGCACAUUUAUUAGGAGUUUAUCCAAAGUAUGUUUUUAAGAAUGAAAAAUGCAUGGAGUGCCAAAUCUAACCAGUUAUCUAGAGGGCUAAAUCAUUGUUUUCAUUGUGUAAAUAAUAACAACAAGUGUAAGAAUUUACUGAUUCACCUACUAUUUUUUACAAAUAUUUUCCUUUCACUGAAUUCUAUAAUUCAAGAAUCCUUUGCCACAAAGUGCUGGUGUAAUAUACAAAAUAUAAAAAUGUCAGAAUUACAAUGUGCAUGUAACUAGGGGAUGUUUUGUUUCCAAAUAACGGGCCAAAUUUUGUUCUUAGCCACCAUGGCAUAACUCUGGAGAGAUUUAGCUGUAGGCAAGAUCAUUCUACUAGAUCUGCAAUGAUAAAGUGGACAGAAUUUAGCUCAGUGUAAAACUGUUUAGCCAUUACCAUUAAAUAAGUUAGCUGAAAAUAAACUACUAAAUCUUUUCUCUCUCUCAGCCUGUCAUUCCCUGAGCAAAUAUGUUUCUAAUAUUUGUGUUUGAUAAAGUGCCUAUUGUAUCAUAUGUAACAAAUCUUGAGCUAAUAAAAUCAGAUGCGAAUAGGAUGAUGUAGGAACACAGAAAUGCAUAACUAUUGUUAGGAUAACCUUUUUUUAAAAAAAGGUAGCUAUGUGAUCUUGACUUAAUUCCCCAUUUCUGAAAAAUUAGUAUUGACAAAUGUGUUAUAGAGCAAAACAUUAUAUAAUAAGGGUAGGGUUCAACAAGCACUUAGGCAUGUGCUUAAGCUAAAAGUGUUUUGCUGAGUGGGAAUCCACAAGAGAAAAGACAAGAUCCCUGUGAAUCAGUCUCUCUGAUGGGGAUGAGAGAUUUUAAUUAUUAGUGUGAGGCCUCCUUUUGUACUGUUUGUAACCCAUUCACCCCCCCUUUUUUUUUUUUUU